UCUUGAUCUCCGACGUGGGCCCCGGUGUCCUUUGGUCCUCCCACAUCCACGUUCCCGGCACCGUUCUGCCGAGCUGAGCCAUGGCGAGCCGUUCCUACCGCGUCAGCUCCGGCUAUGGGGUCCGGAACUUCAGUUCCUGCUCGGCCAUUGUGCCCAAGCCUGGGGGUCACAGCUUUGCCAGUGGCCUGGCUUUCCUCAGGGUCAGUCCUGGGCGACCAGGCUACAGGCGUCUCGGGGGCUUUGGCAGCCGGAGUCUGUGUGCGACGGGGUCCCCGCGAAUCGCGGGGAGUUGUGUGCGGCCCCUCUGCAGUGGGAGCAGCUUUGGCUACCGGGCAGGGGGCCUCUGUGGCCCCAGACCGCCCUGCAUCACCACCGUGUCAGUCAACGAGAGCCUCCUGGCGCCCCUCAACCUGGAGAUCGACCCCACCGCGCAGUGCGUGAAGCACGAGGAGAAGGAGCAGAUCAAGAGCCUCAACAACAGGUUCGCCGCCUUCAUUGACAAGGUGCGCUUCCUGGAGCAGCAGAACAAGCUGCUGGAGACCAAGCUGCAGUUCUACCAGAACCGCGAGUGCUGCCAGAGCAACCUGGAGCCGCUGUUCGACGGCUACAUCCAGACGCUGCGGCGGGAGGCCGAGUGCGUGGAGGCCGACAGCGGGAGGCUGGCCUCGGAGCUCAACCACGUGCAGGAGGUGCUGGAGGGCUACAGGAAGAAGUAUGAAGAAGAGGUGGCUCUCAAGGCCACGGCUGAGAAUGAGUUUGUGGUGCUGAAGGAGGACAUUGACUGUGCCUACCUGCGCAAGGCCGAUCUGGAGGCCAAUGUGGAAACCCUGAAGGAGGAGACGGGCUUCUUGCAGUCCCUCUACAACGAGGAAAUCUGCCUCCUUCAGUCACAAAUCUCUGACACCUCGGUGGUGGUCAAGAUGGACAACAGCCGGGAGCUCAACAUGGACUCGGUUGUGGCCGAGAUCAAGGCUCAGUAUGAUGAUGUGGCCAGCCGCAGCCGGGCCGAAGCCGAGUCCUGGUACCAAACCAAGUGCGAGGAGAUGAGGGCCAAAGUGACGCAGCAGGGCGAGAGCCUCCGCAGAACCAAGGAGGAGAUCAAUGAGCUGAACCGGAUGAUCCAGAGGCUGACGGCCGAGGUGGAGAACGCCAAGCAGCAGCGCUGCAAGCUGGAGGCCGCUGUGGCCCAGGCAGAGCAGCAGGGCGAGGCGGCCCUGAAUGAUGCCCGCCGCAAGCUGGCAGGGCUGGAGGAAGCCCUGCAGAAGGCCAAGCAGGACCUGGCCUGCCUGCUCAGGGAGUACCAGGAGGUGAUGAACUCCAAGCUGGGCCUGGACGUGGAGAUCGCCACCUACCGCAAGCUGCUGGAGGGCGAGGAGAGCCGGUUGUGUGAAGGCGUGGGCUCUGUCAAUAUCUGUGUGAGCCGUUCCCAAGGUGGCGUGGUCUGUGGGGACCUCGGUUCCAUCGUCCCUCGUGGCCUGGGUGGCGUGGCCACCAGCAGCAGUGCCCUCUGCUCCCCCUCUGUAGUGGGGGCCUGUUCCGGUGCGAGAUCUGUGCGGUUUGCAUAGUGGGGGGUGGGACUCUGGACGGAUGGGGUCUGCCGGGGAUGAGGGUGGAAAGUGGGGUGUGGGGAAAGAUUUUCUCUCUCAGACUCAAAUGUCAGUGUAGGGGUUGCCCCUUCCUGGGAACCCAGAAAUAACUCUCCAGUUUCCUUCUCAUUAGAGUUAUGAUUUACUCUUUGAGUGCAAACCCUGGAUUUGGCAUGCUUGCCAGCUCUGUUGAUUUCUCUCCUCUGGUUGUCGGGGAAAGAAUAUAAAGGCUUUAUGAUAUAAACUGCUUAGCUAUUUUCUUUCCCCAACUAACUUCAGGUUAGCAGACAUUUGCUAGGUACCGACCAUGUGCUAGGCCCUGUGAGCGGGGACCCAGGUAGGGGACGGCAGUGCGUGGGUACACCCUCCGCUUGGCCUCAGACAAGGGGCUGCGCUUGUCCCCUUAGUGUGGAGGGGGCAGCGGGGGACGUGGAACUGGGACUCUGGGAGAUCCCUCACUUGAUCUAAGAGAUUGGAUGUUCCCAGAGCACCCCCUAACUAUGCACAUGUCAGGAUUGGCUGAGGCUAAUUAAUCUUCCUGGGUUUUUGGUGGUGGUGGUUUGGAAUUUUAUUGUAUUUGGGUGAUUCCUAUAGGAUUCCUUUUCUCUUAUGAUGUGCGUGAUUAAAUGUCCAUGGCAAAAGGCUCUCUUCUAGUAACCAGGUUAGUGCCCGCGCCCUUCUUAUGUUCCCAGCCCACCCAAAGUGUCUCUAAGUGUGGUCCGUGGACCACCACCUACAUCGGGAUCCCUGAGGGGCGGGGUGGGGUGGCAGCUUGUUAAAUAUGCAGAUGCUGGGCUCCAUCCAGAACUACUGAAUCAAAAAUUCAGGGGUGAGCCCAUGAAUCUGAGUUUAAACAAGCUUCCAGGUGAUUCCUCUGAGAACUGAAGUUUGAGAGUCACUGGGUUUUGUGUGCAGGUCAGGUAAUUCUGGCCGUGGAGGUGACUUGCCCUCCAGUUCUCACAGGAUCAGAUUCAUCUCUUUGCGUUUCUCCUCUGACUUUGUCAAGAGGUGAGAGCCAGUCUGGGCCACCCAUGCCUGGUGGGUGGGGACAAAGGCAGAGAAGAGGAGGAGAAGGAAGCCUGUGUUCACAAGCACCAGCUAAGUGUCUGACAUUUCAUUCAUUGCUCACAGCUAUUGUAUUAGUAUCUUCAUUUUACAGAUAAGGCAAUCAAGGCCCAGAGACAUUAAGUCAGUUUCCUAUGAUCACACAGCCAAUCCAAGAUCCAAACUGAAGUCUAGGGAAUGCCAAUGUUCAUAUACUUUCCACUGCCUUGUCUCAGUUGUUCCUUCAGAAUAAGCAUCUUGCCUCAUCAGAAUGCUCCUGGACGAGGGGUUCUAAUAGAUCCUACUUUACUAGCCUGACAGAGAUAAGAGGUGGAAAGUGGCAUAAACGAACCUGCUGAAGCAUUUGUAGAAACAUCUCCCCCAUGGCCUCUGCUCUCCAGGAACCUUGGACAGAUCUUAUUAUGGGGCAGUUAACACACGUCUCUUAUGUGGGAAUCCAGAAUUAAAGCCGAGACUUCUGGUUGGAGGGCACUUCCUCUGAUGGCUCGGACAGGGGCAGUUGACCAGGGAACUCUAUCUCUGGCCUAUUUCUGAACUGACAGUCCCCGAGAAAUCCCACCAGGGAAGUCAGUUCAAAGUCCCCUCAGAUGCAAGGGUGCCCCCCCCCAGAUGUGAUGAGGGGGAGCGAGGGGUUUCUGGUGGACAAUUUUCUUUCACUUAUUUUACAAGAAGAGCUCUACUCUUCCCACCUUAUGUUAUUUGGAAUUAAAAAGAAGUUGAAAAAUCUUUUUAAUUUAAAAAAAUUUUAAAAAUCUUUAAAAAUUGGGUAGAAGAUAUUUUGCCACAAGAAUACAUAUUUGAUCUCAAGACGAAAAAAACACUUUGAGUAGUUCUCCUUGGUAAUGCAGGCCUUCUGAUGCCUUCAGAAUGUGUCCCCCUGGGGCUCUGGGAGGCCAGAGAUCUUUCUGAGUAUAGUGCCCUCCUAGUCUCUCUCUGCCUCCUGGUCGUUAAGGGUCCCACAGGGGCUGUAUCCUGGGCACAUCUCAGUCUGGAUACCGCCAAGUUUGAGCAGGGAGAAAGUCAGGUUCCAAGGGCAUCAGAUCUGCUCUGAGAGGGGAAGGAGUCCCACCAGGCACCUGCUACCCCGGGAUAGGGUCGGGGGUGUGAAAAUGGGGGAGGGUCUGCCUUUCCUUUCUGAUGGUGGUGGUGGGAGGGUGUGAAAUGCACAUUUGUGCCUCGGGGGCGUUUCCUACAUUUUUAACUCAAAGGCUCAUCCUCUGAGUCCUGCCUCCUCCCACUCCUUUCCCUGGCUACCACUGUGCUGUCCCCUAGCACCAAGGGAGUAACAGCAGGGUAUACAGACAAGGGGUGGUUCCCCCAUGUCCACGUCCAUUUCAAAAAAGGAUGCACCUGGUGAUUUCCUUGAUCACGUGGUAAACCUGCAUUUCUCACUAUGCUCAGCUUGGGUGGGUAACGGCUUCAGUUCGUAUUUCCUGAGAUCUCAAGGACUGAAGCAGGGGACAGUUGGCAACACCAGCGCUGGGAGAGGGAGUGGCCUGGGAGUGUUUGUGCGGAUGCUCCAAAGCAGAGGGGACUUGAGACGUGGCGGAGGAGGGCUUGUGGCCUCGGAGAGGAACAGAGAAGACUCCAAAGCCCAAGCACGCCUGAGUUUUUGAAAGGACUAUAAUCUGUUUUCAUCCUUUGGAGAUCCUGUAUAUUUUGGGGAGGAACACCGAAUGU